CUCCAGCGUCUGCAGCGAUCGACGAGCGCCAGUGCGAUCCGCUCGCACCUGACCAAGGUAUCCUCCAUUUAUCGCCGGCCCAUCGCCUUCAAUUUCAUAAGGCGCGAGUGCAAGCGAUUCUACGUCUUGCCCGUCUACAUGCACAGCACCAAGCAGAGCAUUCGAUUAUGGUGGCAAUACGCGUACAAAUGCGUCACACCCGCCGCCUCGGCUGACGCGGUGUGGAAUCCAAAUCUGAAAUUCCGGCUACACUGCAGCCGGCAGCUGCGGAUACGGAAAUUGCGACGUGGUCCCUGGUCCAGGAGGCAGCCCCUCCGGCUGCAUAUUAAUGACAUCAAGCUGUUGUGCCAGGUGCGACAGCGAGUAAAUAAAUUAAAGAAAUCAAUAGAUGAAAGUCCAACUAAAACUUUGUUUCGAAAAUCAAACAUUGAACGUUAG